UAUAAGAUGGCAUCAUCAUCAUCAUCAAGUAAUCCUCAAGAAAAGCACGAAGUGUUCCUUAGUUUCAGAGGGGAAGAUACACGAAAGACAUUCACGAGCCAUCUUUAUGCUGCUUUUAAAAGGGCAGAGAUCAAAACCUACAUAGACUACAAUCUUGAGAGAGGGGAUGAAAUAUCAGGGACACUUCUUAGGGCCAUAGAGGAUGCAAAGCUCUCUGUGAUUGUGUUCUCCAAAAACUUUGGAACAUCAAAAUGGUGUUUGGAAGAAGUGAAGAAAAUAAUUGAGUGUAAAAAAACAAGAGGGCAAAUUGUAGUGCCUGUGUUUUAUGAUACAGAACCAACCCAUGUACGAAACCAAACAGGAAGCUUUGAAAGUGCAUUCGCAAGACAUGAACAAAAUUUUCAGGGUAGACUAAACAAGGUUCAAAAAUGGAGGGAUGCUCUGAGAGAAGCAGCCAAUCUCUCUGGCUGGGAUUGCUCUGUCGACAGGUUGGAAUCUGAAAUGGUUGAGGAGAUUGCUAUGGAUGUGUUGCAAAAAUUAAAUCGUGGAUAUGUUGGAGAUCUAGAUCAACAAAUUGCGAAGUAUGAAAAACUUGCGAAGCAUCAAAUACAGUAUUUUCAAGGUACACCUCAUGCAACUCAUUGGAAAAAUUAUGAAGCAACGGUCCAACACAUCAGAAAACUUCAAAUGGAAAGACAUCAUCGUUUGCUUCGCAUACCACCAAACAUGUACUCACAAGCCGAUGAUUCAAAUUCCAACGAUGAUUUCUACAAUAUUGUGUAUGCACCCCAAGUUGGAUUGCAACCAAAUGAUAAGAGCCAAUUUUGGGAAGACUUGGAGGAGGUUUUGAGGGGGAUACCACGAGAGGAGAAGAAUUUCUUAGGAGGAGAUCUAAAUGAUCAUGUUGGUAUAAGGAAUGGAAGUUUUGAUAGAAUUCAUGGAGGUUUUGGCUAUGGGACAAGAAACGAGACUGGAGAAGAUAUCUUGAAUGUUGCACUAUAUAUGGGAAAGAGGGUGUUGGGAGAAAGCAAAGGAAAUAGAUUUCAUACAAAGAAAUCAUGGUGGUGGAAUGGAGAGGUGCAAGAGGCAAUUAAGCAGAAGAAGAAAUACUUUAUAUCUUUGCAUAAAAGUCCCAAUGAAGAGAACUUGCAAAAUUUUAGAAUGGCGAGAAUAAAUGCAAAGGAAGCAGUGCGAGAAGCUAGGGGCAAUAUUUUCACUGAUUAA